AUGGCUAAACCCCAAAGUGUUAAACGCGCGCGAUCCAAUACUAUUGGCGAUGCCCACAACACAACAACGCCAUCAUGGGAAGAAAUCUCCCAGCGCGUCCAGACUCUCGACGAACAGAGUAUCGCCAAUAUUCUCGUAUACGCAGCGCAAAUCCAUCCUGAUAUCAUGAACAUGGUGGACCACGCCAUUCAUGUAACCCGGGAGAGAGAGAGAAAUACCAUCAUCAACUUCGACGAGGAUUCGAGAUAA